AUGUCUUUAAAGUACGAAUUGGAACAAUGGCAGGCUGCUUGUGCUGCUUUCGAUGUACGAGAUUUUGACAAAUCUAUAAAAGCAUUCAUUGGCAUUGCGGAUAGCGCAAAAAUGCACUUCAAUAUUGGAUUGAUCUUUGCCACAGUAGAGGAUCAUGAUCAUGCGCUGGGAGCAUAUUCAAAGGCACUUUUACUCGAUCCCUACUUUGCUGUCGCCUAUUUCCAACGAGGUGUGUCAUAUUUCAUCAAAAACGACAUGGAAAACGCAAGAAAGGACUUUGAUCAAGCGUACCAGAAACUUCGUGGCAAUCAAAUCAUUAAUUAUCAACAGCUGGGCCUGAGCUUUCGACUGUAUUCCUGCGAAGUCUUGUUCAACAGAGGAAUAUGUCAACUGUACCUGGGAAAGAUGGAUGCUGGUUUGACAGAUUUAUACCACGCACAAAAAUCCAAAAUGACCGAGGAGCAUGAUGUGAUUGAUCAGGCAGUCAAGGACAGAGGAAAGGGCUAUUCAGUCUUUUCCAUUCCCCCAUUUGUGAUUUUCAGACCUCCUGAAAAUAGAUUGAGACAAUUAAACGGCGUCGAUAUGUUUGCUGUUGUAGAUCAAUUACAGCCUACCAAGAAGCAGCAAUCUAUAAUUAAACAGGCAGCAUUAUCGCACACAGCAGCGUCACCAAAUAACGCUGUCAAACGAAACAAUUCAGUCUUGCUGACGGACCGAGUGCAUAAAUAUACACCAAAGCAGCCUUCAUUACUGUCAUCAACACCUCCUCAUAGCAUACCUAUUGCACUGCCACAUCCACAACAGCAGCAAGUGUCUCCUGUACCACCGCUAUCUCAGCAAGUGCCAAUGCAGGCAACGCCUGUGCAACAACAGCAGCAACCAUCACAACCUAUACCAACAAGGAGACGAAAAGACUCCAAUCUAGGCAUGUAUCAGUCAGACGAUUCCGGUUCAACAGCUUCCUUCUGCUCUUCCAACUACCGGUACCGUCAGGACGGUCGCCGUGUAGAUAGUGGGUUUGAAUCCACAUUGGAGGACAACAGAUACUCCUCAUCAUCCUCACUAGGCACUCUUGGAGGGAGAAGCUCGACCAAAAGCCUGAAAUCGCAGCCGCCACAGACACCACCACCUGUUCCACGUAUACCCAAACAACAUGACGAAGACAACACCAUGUAUGGAGAUUUUGAUCAAGAAUUAGAGGUGUAUGGAUCCUUACAUACCACGACCAUGCAGGAUCGAGAACGAGACAUCAUUCGCUACAGACUAGCCACUGGAGGCAGUAAAGAGGACAUUCGACUACAAAGCUCAACCUCAACAUCCACGAUUGGUUCAAACAACAGUAACAGCAGCUUCAGCAAUGGAAAAAUUAAGAUUAAGAUUCACCAUGUUGAUACAAGAAUACUGUUGGUUUCAAAUCAAAUCACUUUUGACGAAUUAAAAUCGAGAAUCCAAGAUAAAUUUGGUGUACCUGCGUCUAUUCGACUGCAGUACAAGGAUGAGGAUGAUGAGAUGGUCCUGAUGAUUGAUGACGAUGACUUGUUUAUGGCUCGACAAGUAAAUAAGGUAUCAAACGAACUCGAAAAGAUGGAGAUUUGGUGCGUGUAA